CUCGACGCGUGGUGGCCAUCCCAGCACGCUUUACGAGCGCUGAGGCUUACAAGAGCACCCUGGUUAGCGCCCUGGUGGAGGAAAUCAAUCUGCGCUUGGCCGAGCCCGUACAGCAGUUUUACGGCGUCGUACGACGCCUUCUCAACGCCGUACCACCCGCCAACAGCAGCAACACCAACAACAACAGCAGCUUCGGAGGCUGGUCCGGUGGCGGCGCCCCGCACAAGCAACAACAUCAAAGCCAUCAACACUUCAGUAACCGUCAGGCGCCCAACCAGCAUGGGCGGCCAGGCCAGCAAGCCGGCGCGGCCUCCGCUGCCAACCCAGGAGGCGCUUUCGCGCGGCUUCCCGCCCCCGCAAAGGCCGCGGAG